UAUAUGAUGACCCCUAAAAACAAGAAAUAAAAUCCACCAACCCUGAAACUUCCAUGUAGGAAAAAGAAAAAGCCCACCUCUUCUGCUUGAAGAUUGCAUCUUUUUUGUAUCUUUUGCUCACUUUUUUGGUCAAGAACAUCUCUGGUUUUUUAAACUUUGAAGAGAGACCAACGGAUGCAGAAGAGGGGUAGAAGAGUUAGAGAGAUAAAAGGGGCGGUGAGGUUGGCGGAUGACACCUAACUUUAAUAGAUAGGGAAGCAGAAAUUUCAGAGGUUUCACAUUAGAUCUGGGUGGGGCUGGUGAUGGAGUUUGCUUUAAUUCAUUUUGGCCCCUGAAGUGAGCAAAUCUGUUUGUCCUUUGUGCAUGUAUUAGAAAAAAAGUUGAGUUCUUGAGGUUGGGUUUGAAUGUUUCAGCUGUUUCCUGAAGCUAUAACAGAACUUUGAGGUUUAUUUUUGGAGGGUUUUCACGGAUUCUGAUGGGGAUUUGCCUGAGCAACCAGAUAAAGGCUGAGAGCUCUUUUCAUACUGGUACAGAUGUAGGGGCGACUUCGUCCAAAGUGGUUAGUGGAUAUGGGACUGAAUUAAGUAAUUCAAGCAGCAAGAAUUCUUCUAUAUCUGUACCCCCAACUCCUCGAAGCGAGGGAGAAAUAUUGCAGUCCUCCAACUUGAAGAGCUUCACAUUUAGUGAUCUCAAGGCAGCCACAAGAAACUUUCGUCCUGACAGUGUAAUUGGGGAAGGUGGUUUCGGUUCUGUUUUCAAAGGGUGGAUUGAUGAGCAAUCACUUGCAGCAUCAAGGGCUGGAGCUGGUAUGGUGGUAGCUGUUAAGAAGCUAAACCAAGAAGGGUGGCAGGGACAUAAGGAAUGGUUGGCUGAAAUCAACUAUCUAGGGCAGCUGCGACAUCCCAAUCUUGUGAAAUUGAUUGGUUACUGCUUAGAGGAUGACCACAGACUUUUGGUCUACGAGUUCAUGCCUAGGGGUAGCAUGGAGAAUCACCUAUUCAGAAGAGGUUCUUACUUCCAGCCACUUUCAUGGAGCCUGAGAAUGAAAAUUGCUCUUGGUGCUGCGAUGGGGCUUGCCUUUCUUCAUAGCGAUGAAGCAAAAGUAAUAUAUCGGGAUUUCAAGACUUCUAAUAUUCUGCUUGAUUCGAACUACAACGCCAAACUCUCUGAUUUUGGGUUGGCCAGAGACGGGCCAACUGGUGAUAAGAGCCAUGUCUCCACUCGGGUCAUGGGAACUUAUGGAUAUGCUGCUCCGGAGUAUCUAUCCACAGGUCAUUUAACUGCCAAGAGCGACGUAUACAGCUUUGGUGUUGUUCUUCUGGAGAUUUUAACCGGCAAGAAAGCAAUAGACAAGAAUCGCCCAUCAGGGGAACACAAUCUGGUCGAGUGGGCAAAGCCUUAUCUGACCAACAAACGAAGGAUUUUCCGUGUUCUGGAUGCCCGACUAGAAGGCCAAUACUCAUUGGGCCAAGCUGUGAAGGCAGCCAACCUUGCUCUUCAAUGCUUAUACGUAGAUGCCAGGUCAAGGCCGACUAUGGACGAGGUGGUGACGGCCUUAGAGCAGCUCCAAGACUCCAAAGACACUUCAAAAAAUGAUCAAAAGCAUCACCGAUCAAGUCGACGUAACCAAACAAAUGGGGCACCUAAGUCCUGGAGGAGAAGUGCUGAAGAAACACGGAGAGGAAAACCGGCCUACCCCAGGCCUUCAGCCUCCAGUCGAUAUGCAUAAACAUCCUUGGUUGCUCUUGUAUGGUCUGCGCUCUCUAUAUAUAUCUAAAGCUUGUAUAGUUUGUUUUGUUUCUUUUUUACUUUUUUCCUAAAUUGUUGUAUUUGGUUAUGCAAGGAAUUUGUAUUCUUCUAUAGAGUUAUGGGCGAUUUUCCGGUGGACAGUUGUGAUGCUAUCUGGAAAAUGUUGUAGGGUCUUAGAGCUCGUAUUUUGGGACGUGGGAACUGUAAUUUUGUCAAAAUGACAAAAGAAAUCAAAAAUGUUUGCUAUUGCCUAUUUGUCUGGAGAAGUUAAUGAAGUUUAAAAGUUCCUGGAAA